CUGACAGACAGGCUGCGCGACUUGCCGCCGCCGGCCGCUCCCCCGGCUCCUUCUCUUGCGGGGGAUGGCGAAGGGGGCGCGCCGGCUCGGGGAGCGCAGACCUCCGCCUCAAGCGCCCCUCAGCAACACGUAGCACGGCGGGGAGGCUGCCCUGCCCCGCCAAAGGAGACAAAGAAAAUGGAAGGCAACGGUCAUCUUUGCAUUCGGCGUUGGUCUACCAGGCAUGUAGCCAAGUGGUUGAAGGAAGAAGGUUUUUGUGAAUAUGUAGAGAUUUUGUGUGAUAAUCACAGAUUGGAUGGCAUUACACUACUGACCCUGACUGAAUAUGACUUGAGGUCUCCUCCUCUGGAAAUCAAGGUUCUUGGUGAUAUCAAAAGGCUCAUGUUAUCAAUACGCAAGUUACAGAAGCACCACAUUGAAGUUUUGGAAGAGCUUGGUUAUAACAGUGACUCUCCGAUAAGUUUACCAUCUCCUGUGAUUGGCUCUCUUCAAGGAACAGAUUGGUUUUCUAAUGGUGAAGUGCAACGUGAUUUUGAUGACUAUGAACCUCCUGCUGACUUGAAUGCUGAGCAAUAUCAGUAUGCAAAUGGCAAACACAAACAUUCUACGCGAAAACUGAACCCAGAGUACUGGAAGACAGCUUUGAGUUGUAUAUAUGUGUUCAUUGUGUUUGGCUUCACAUCGUUUGUCAUGGUCAUUGUCCAUGAGCGUGUACCUGACAUGCAGACAUACCCACCGCUACCGGACAUAUUCCUAGACAGUGUUCCUCGGAUACCAUGGGCUUUUGCCAUGACAGAAGUAUGUGGAGUGGUUCUCUGCUACAUCUGGUUGCUUGUUCUCCUACUUCAUAAACAUAGAUCUAUUCUUUUACGAAGAUUAUGCAGUCUGAUGGGUACAGUAUUCUUACUCCGUUGCUUCACAAUGUUUGUGACCUCACUAUCUGUGCCAGGCCAACAUUUACAGUGUUCUGGAAAGCUGUAUGGCAAUGUAUGGGCAAAACUUCAACGGGCCUUUGCAAUCUGGAGUGGGUUUGGCAUGACGCUAACAGGAGUACAUACUUGUGGAGAUUACAUGUUCAGUGGCCAUACUGUUGUCCUGACUAUGCUAAACUUCUUCGUCACUGAAUAUACACCAAGAAGCUGGAACUUCUUGCACACUCUGUCCUGGGUGCUGAAUCUCUUCGGGAUUUUCUUCAUUUUGGCUGCACAUGAACAUUAUUCUAUUGAUGUCUUCAUUGCCUUCUACAUUACUACAAGACUCUUUUUGUACUAUCACACAUUGGCUAACACAAGAGCUUAUCAACAGAGCAGGAGGGCCAGAAUUUGGUUUCCUAUGUUCUCUUUUUUUGAAUGCAAUGUAAAUGGUACAGUUCCAAAUGAGUAUUCUUGGCCUUUCUCAAGGCCGGCUAUAAUGAAAAGACUGAUUGGCUAAAAAUUACUGGAUUUAAUUCACAUCUGUGUGAAGUAUUUGACUAAUUUUCUUCAAGAAUGGGCUCAGAAAAAUUGAUUUCUUCUUACCCAUGCAUCUCCUUCUAUUCUUGUUAAUUCUCAUUGAGCCACAAGACAAAAUGAAGCCCUGUCACAAUUUUUUACAAGGUGUUAACUUGUAAUAAGGUUCUGUGCGAAUGAGGAUAAAGUUAAGCUACCAUAUCAACAAUUCUUAACAUGUUUUCAUUUGGAGGACUUCAAGAUUGUCCUGUGCUGAGGCAAUGGUUUUGGAUCUAGAUAACAUCAAAUACUACCUAGUUAGCUACUGUGUCUCUAAUAAAUAACACAAGUGUCGUUCUUUUAAAACAAUGUGUCUCCAUAUAAGAAUAGUGCGUGUGAUAGGAGGUAAGUGGGCAAGGAAACACGCAAAUGGUGAAAAGGGCCCCCAGAGCCUUGAGCAUGAGAGAAACUUGCUGUGCCUGAUACGUAGAGAAGGGAGCCU